CGCACUCGCUGAGGCCCCGACGCAGGGCCGGGCCGGGCCCAGGGCCGAGGAGCGCAGCGGCCGGAGCGGGGCCGCGGAGGCGACGCCGGGGACGCCCGCGCGACGUGCAGGUGGCGGCGGCUGCAGUCCUUAGAUUCCUAUUGACUUUUCUUGUCGUCCUGUGCUGGCAUCUCCAACGAGCAUGGGACUGAGGUGAUGAAGGCUUGUCCAGCCGGAAGCCCUGAGGACAGCUGUUCCCACUGGCUCUGCUGACCUUGUGCCUUGGACGGCUGUCCUCAGCGAGGGGCCGUGCACCCGCUCCUAAGCAGCGCCAUGGGCCUGUUGGCCUUCCUGAAGACCCAGUUCGUGCUGCACCUGCUGGUCGGCUUUGUCUUCGUGGUGAGUGGUCUGGUCAUCAACUUCGUCCAGCUGUGCACGCUGGCGCUCUGGCCGGUCAGCAAGCAGCUCUACCGCCGCCUCAACUGCCGCCUCGCCUACUCACUCUGGAGCCAACUGGUCAUGCUGCUGGAGUGGUGGUCCUGCACGGAGUGCACGCUGUUCACGGACGAGGCCACGGUGGAGCGCUUCGGGAAGGAGCAUGCGGUCAUCAUCCUCAACCACAACUUCGAGAUUGACUUCCUCUGUGGGUGGACCAUGUGUGAGCGCUUCGGAGUGCUGGGGAGCUCCAAAGUCCUCGCUAAGAAGGAGCUGCUCUACGUGCCCCUCAUCGGCUGGACGUGGUACUUUCUGGAGAUCGUGUUCUGCAAGCGGAAGUGGGAGGAGGACCGGGACACCGUGGUGGAAGGACUGAGGCGCCUGUCCGACUACCCCGAGUACAUGUGGUUUCUCCUGUACUGCGAGGGGACACGCUUCACGGAGACCAAGCACCGUGUCAGCAUGGAGGUGGCGGCUGCUAAGGGGCUUCCCGUCCUCAAGUACCACCUGCUGCCGCGGACCAAGGGCUUCACCACCGCGGUCAGGUGCCUCCGGGGGACAGUCGCAGCUGUCUAUGACGUAACCCUGAACUUCAGAGGAAACAAGAACCCGUCCCUGCUGGGGAUCCUCUAUGGGAAGAAGUACGAGGCGGACAUGUGCGUGAGGAGAUUUCCUCUGGAAGACAUCCCGCUGGAUGAAAAGGAAGCAGCUCAGUGGCUUCAUAAACUGUACCAGGAGAAGGACGCGCUCCAGGAGAUAUAUAAUCAGAAGGGCGUGUUUCCAGGGGAGCAGUUUAAGCCUGCCCGGAGGCCGUGGACCCUCCUGAACUUCCUGUCCUGGGCCACCAUUCUCCUGUCUCCCCUCUUCAGUUUUGUCUUGGGCGUCUUUGCCAGCGGAUCACCUCUCCUGAUCCUGACUUUCUUGGGGUUUGUGGGAGCAGCUUCCUUUGGAGUUCGCAGACUGAUAGGAGUAACUGAGAUAGAAAAAGGCUCCAGCUACGGAAACCAAGAGUUUAAGAAAAAGGAAUAACUAAUGGCUGUGACUGAACACAUGUGGCCUGACGGUGGUAUGCAGUUAACUCAAUUAAAACCAGAGUAACACACAGAGUGGAGGAAAAGACAAUUAGAAACUAUUUUUCUUAUUAACUGGUGACUAAUAUUAACAAAACUUGAGCCAAGAGUAAAGAAUUCAGAAGGCCUGCCAGGUGAAGUCUUCAGCCUGCCACAGCGCAGGGUCCCAGCAUCUCCACGCACGCCCGUGGGAGGUGGGUCCGGCCGGAGAGGCCUCCCGCAGACGCCGUCUCUGCAGAACUCCGCUUCCAAGAGGGAGCCUUUGGCUGCUUUCUCUCCUUAAACUUAGAUCAAAUUUUUUGUUUUUUAAUCAGUUAUUUUGGGAACUUAACCUGGCCCUUCACCUCUUCUGCACCCCCCUGAAACUGUCUCGUAAUGAAUUUCUGCUGUCCUCCUGGGAGUGGACGGCCAGGUCCCAUCCCCCGGGAGCAUCGCUUGGCUCAGCACCUUGGCUCCCCGUGGGGGCCCCGUGGAGAGCGCCCGUAGUGAUAAGCACACCGGCACGAACAUCAGGUCGAUUCCUCGAAGUCGGAGCCCUCACUCUGCCCUGUCCUGGGGCUGGCUGAGGGCGAACGCCCCACCUUACUUUCUAGAGCCCUGUCUGCCCUAGCUCUUAUUUGACCCUGUGUGUAAAUACGUACAUCUGUUUUUAAAGUGGAUGGACCCCUGAGAACUCAGUGAAAUGCAGAAUUCUCCAUGCACCUAAAGCUCCUUUGUCCCUCUCAUGGCUGUCAGACCCUGGUCCCUCCACACUGGGUGCUGGGGAGGGAGGACCCUCGGGGCUACCGCGUGGCCCCCCAUCCCACAGAUUAGGAGCCAAGGAGGGAGGACAGGGCAGCCUGUGGGACUCUAGGAUGCUUCAGAAGAAGCGAGGGCACUGUCAACCCCGUGUUUUAAAGGUGGUUGGAGACUGUUAACACUGGGCUCAUUGGCUUCUAGAGAUUUUAUUUUUACUGGUUGAUCUCUUGGUGGUUUUCAACUUCCUGCUGGAAACUAGAGGUGGGGCACCUCCCAGCCUCGCACUGUGUCCUUGGGGAGGGCCUGCCCCCAUCCUGGCCAGUGUCACUGUGGCCCGGCCACCCCUGAGCGCCCAGCUCCCUGUCUCCUGGACGUCCCUGAGCGCCCAGCUCCCUGUCUCCUGGACGUCCCUGAGCGCCCAGCUCCCUGUCUCCUGGACGUCCCUGAGCGCCCAGCUCCCUGUCUCCUGGACGUCCCUGAGAGUCCAGGAAGAGCAGAGGGCAGCGCUCGGCCGGUCAUGCUGGCUCCUUCGGCCUCGCAGCGAGCCCCUGGCCCACGCCGAGCGAGGGAUGCUUCUCCCUACAGCAUGUCCACUCCCCCGGCGUGGCCAGGUGGAGCCCCUGGGGCAAUGGCAGUGGUAGAAAGCUCAACUUGGUUGCGGUACCAUCAGCCCACCUGCCUUUGGCUUUCAACUUGCUUGUUCUAAGUCACACCCCCCUCAUCUUUUUAGCAAGGGAAAAAAACAAAAAUGGGUGUUAUCUCUAAUAUAUUGCAACCAGCGUUCUGAAUAGAGGUAGGUUGAGUUUUCUAGGGGAAAACAAAUGGAGAAAAGAGGCAUGAAGAAAAGUAAACCAAGAACGUAAUUAGGCAUCAGGCCUAAGUGUCCUGGGGAGAUUGGAGGGGACGGCAGCGUUCUGCGUGAAGGAGGCACUGCCGGGCCCCGGGUCUGUGAGGGCCGUGCUCUCGGGGCGUGUGCGGGACGCCACCUGUGCACACCUGCUCAGAGCACGGCUCCUCACAGGGGUGAAGGGGCAGACCAGCGAAACCAGAUGAGACCAACGAAACCAGGCGAGACACACUUGCAGACACUGUUGUUCUGGAAAUGUGCUUCCCUCCAUCUGAAAUCUCAUCCCUCCACCUGCCCACUCGGGCAGCUGUGCUGUGAGCAGGGCACGUGCUCCCCUGGCUGAGCACCCCAGAGAUUCUCCGGCACCUUCCUCAUGCCGCACGCUGCUCAUCCGUCUCCGUGUGUGUUUAGAUCCACGCCCUUCACUGACUCCCUAACACCUGCAAAAUCUUUAAGGAAAAAAGCUGAAGGGUGCGACCAUGCACAUAUGUGACCUGGAAAAUGCAAAUUUAGAUCUUUUAUGAUUUAAUUAAUAGUUAUUGUUUCCCACAGAAGUUCCCUCCCUUUGAAAUUAACAUGUAAUGUAUAAAUUUCUGCACUGAGUCAUGGCGGAGCUGGGCAGCCCUAGGUUAGAGUGGAGACGGAGGCCCGGGCACAGGGGUCACACCUCAUCUGGUUUCCUUCCCAUCUCACAGCUUAGCUUGCACUUCUCAACACCAAGCCUUUAAGAGCAAUAAAAACUACACCAUGAAUGUUUGGAUUUUUUUUUUUUUUUUUUUUUUGGAGGAGGGUGGAUUUUGCUUUUCAUCCAGAAGGAAAAGGGGAGGAGAGCUCCUUUACAUUUUUAAAUUAAAUUCAUAAUCCCAGAACAGUCUUUUUUCUUUUUCCUUUACACCCUACUUCUGAGCUUAAUUCAGUUGAUGUUAUGUCCAAAUUCAGGCUGAGUGCUCAAGCUGAAGCAACUCUGUAGCCCACAGUCCGUGCUGGCCGCUGUCGGGGUGAGGCACAUUCUAGGCCUGGCAUGCUGAUGCCCUCUGCACCCGGUCCUUGAGCCAGGCUGAGGACAGGAAGGGCGUUGCUGGCCUGUAGCUCCUGUUGCCCACCCAGAGCCAGGCACCCCACUGGAGGCUCCCAGCCGAGAGGACCCAGGCCCACCCACAGGCGUCUGGCAGGCCAAGCUCCCAGCCUGGGCCGUGGUCUCCUGGGGACGCCACUGGCCUCCCAGCUUAGGCCCAGGUGCCAGGUGUCAUGGGGUCUCCUGCCCAUCUUCCCAAGGAUGCCAUUGCUGUCUUCAUCAUCUUCCCCUGUGUGAGACACUGGUUGCCUGGUACUCGGCGACAGUGUACCAGACGCACACCCUAUGUGAGGUGCUUUAAGGUCCCUGUCCUCAGGAAGCACAGAGUCUGGUGGAAGAGAUGAGCACUGAACAAAUCACGAAAUAAAACAACCAUGUAAGCAGCACUUUCUUGUUAAAAAAAAAAAAAAGCACGUUCUGUCGAUCAAUUUUGAGUCUCUCUGCCUUGUCUGUCUGUCCCCUGACUCCCCUUUCGUGCACCGUGGCAUGAGAAUCUUUCCUCAGGCUUCUGGUUGAGGUGUUGCUGAGCAUUGACAUUGAUCUGAGGAAGGAAAAGCCGUGGUUGGACCCAGCUGUGUGUUUCAUUCACGUGCAGUUCAGUAGCUGUUGCCAGGCUGUCCGUGCCUGUUGUGACUACCGGUUGGGGUCAGAUUUGGGGUGAAGAAUAAGUAACCUUCUGCAUGCUUUGUCUCUACCUGAGACACUUAUACAACAAGCCAAGUAUAAUCUCUCCAGCCCUGCAGAUUUUCACCUGACUUGUUCAACCCCAUGCGUAGACUCCCGCUGCAGGCCUCUGGCCUGUGGCUCGCUGCAUGCAGCCCCUGGCGUGCAAUACUAGUGCCCCACGGCGUGAUGUGCUUCUAGCCCUUGCACUGCACCUAGGCUCAGGGUUCAAACGGCCAGCCCGAAACGCCUGCCUGCCUUCUUUCUGGAAACAGCACGUCCCCGGCCGUGUGCCUGCCCCUUUCUCUACUGAGCUAGUCCCCAAACCAAAGGCAAGCCCCCUCGGGCCUCGGGGGAUGGGGCCGGCCACACCCCUGACUCCGCCCUGGCUCUGCCCCAUACCCCUGCCGUGGGGCCGACCUGGGGGAUGCAGACAUCCGGCUCCGUAUUCCUGCCUAUCGGGGCCAGGAUGCAAAAAUAAUUUUGGCGUAAAAGAUGUCACACUGAUCUGCUCGAGUAGGGUGGACACAUGAAUUAAGUUUUAUCAUGAACACUCGCUGCUUGUUAAUUCAGGGAUAAUGGUGGCAUUCUUACAAACUGCUCGGGAAAUAGAAUGACAGGAACACUUUUAGGGAGCCCAGGAGGUUACCAGGGACAUUGGUGUCGUUGGCCCAGGCAGCAGCGUACGCUUUUCAAAGAUCAUUGAGUUGUCUUAGAAUUUGAAGCUGUGUAAUGACAAUGUCACCUGGAGUUCUUCUCCAUUUCUUAACUUUUUGUUGCACAAGUAUUUGGACAGAAGUCGAACUGUGAAUGAGAUACUGAAAUGCACUAAAUUGUAUUAAAUUAAACUGGAGUUACUUGAUACAAUGAAGAAAUGCAUCUGAUCUACUUGUAUUUAUUGUCUCAGAAUUGUACGUUGUGACAAUCAAAUGUUACUUGCCUAAAUGCCAGGAAAUUCAACUGGCCUCUUAAUCACCAAGAUCGCCAGCAAGUACUGUAACUAAAUGAAAAUCUCUCUCUCUGGAGAACCCACACAAACCAUUGACCUGAGUGCACAUGACAGCCACUGGCUUCUUUUUCUAUGAUUGAAAAUCCGCCAUCGCUGACUGUUGGCCAGUUUCAAAGGGACCCAUUGUAUACAGGGUGCAAAUGUAUUAUAUGGAUGUUUCCUUUUGUACACUUCAUUUUUACAAGUUUUGCUAUUCACAAGCUUUAUGUAGUGGAGGAUAGAGGUAUUUUUGGUCUUUAGAAACUUGUCGGGGUGAGGGCUGCUAACUUACACUUCAGAGGCCUGUGUCCCGGAGGCCUGGCUGCGUUUGCCGUGCUGCGCGAGGAGCUGUGUACACAGGCAGGCGUGCACCUGCCCAAGCGCGAGUAGCUCUUGUGUAGUGGUGAAAUGCUGCAGGCAUCUGUUUAUUAAAAUUGCUGCUGUGAAAGACAGGGAUAAAAGAUCCACAAUAUAAGAGAAAGUGAC